UAAGUACAAUACUCGAUUAAGCGAAAUGUCGUCGUCGUCGUAUUUGGGAAUCAUCGUUUUGGGUCUGCUGUCGCUGGUGGCCCACAGCAGUGGCGCCGCCAUCAACGGGCGCAUUGCCGGCGGAGAGGAGGCGGACAUUGCCAGCUAUCCGUAUCAGGUGUCGGUGCGCCUGGAGACCUAUAUGUUGCUGCACAUCUGUGGGGGCAGCCUCUAUGCGCCGCGAGUGGUGGUCACCGCUGCCCACUGCAUCAAGGGACGCUAUGCAUCGUAUAUUAGGAUUGUGGCUGGACAGAAUUCGAUUGCGGAUCUGGAUGAGCAGGGUGUCAAGGUGACGAAAUUGAUACCGCACAGUGGAUACAAUAAGAAGACGCAUGUGAAUGAUGUGGGCAUGAUUAUCACCGUUGCACCCUUGAUCUACUCGGAUCUGGUGCAGCCAAUCGCUCUGGCUGUGGAUAUGCCACGAGCGGGCACCCAUGCCAUGGUCAGUGGUUGGGGCAAGCGGACGGAACAGGAUGAGGCACUGCCCGCCAUGCUGCGUGCCGUCGAAGUGGAGAUUAUGGAUACCAAUACGUGCGGGGCUCAGUACAUGACCAAGGAUUACACCAUCACCGAGGAGAUGUUGUGCGCCGGCUUCUUGGAGGGUGGCAAGGAUGCCUGCCAGGGUGAUUCAGGAGGUCCACUGACUGUGGAUGGUGUUCUUGUCGGCAUUGUAUCCUGGGGUGUGGGCUGUGCCCGCGAGGGCUUCCCUGGCGUGUACACUAGCGUGUUGCACCAUUCCGAGUGGAUUGAGGAGAAGGCGGAGCCUUAUCUAUAAAAAAUACAUAUAUAUGUAUGUAUAUUCAAAUGAAAAGCGCAGCGAACAAAGUAUGGCGAUCAAAUUAACUUAACAUAUAUUUUAAAAUAAACUUGUUUAACAUUUAAUCAAAUAAAGUGAGCAUUGAUAAAAUAUAAGUUUCACUUGAGCA